CGUAUUAAACGAGGGAAGAACGAAUAUUAUGUUUGUAUGUGUAAGAUAGUUGUGCUUCGGGUUUGUCCGUCAGUUUCCGGAAUUUAAAUAGGAAAAAGUACUGGAGGCGGGUUAAGUGUUGGAUUUAAGUUGUGGUGUUUGGAAGAAGUGGCUACCAUGCAUCGUCACACGCGGAUGAAGAAGGAACUUCAGAUGCUGAAGGAUUCACCGCCACCCGGCAUUGCCUGUUGGCCGAAAGGAGACAGUAUUGAGAAUUUAGAGGCUCAAAUCAUUGGUGGCAGUGGUACUCCUUAUGAAGGCGGAGUUUUCAAGCUGAGCAUCCAUCUCCCUGAACGGUACCCCUUUGAGCCUCCAAAAGUGAACUUCUCGACCCCGAUUUAUCAUCCAAACAUUGAUGCUGCUGGAAGGAUUUGUCUCAAUGUUCUGAAACUCCCACCAAAUGGUGGCUGGAAGCCAUGUUUGAAUAUCAGUACAGUGCUGACCUCUAUACUGGUGCUUAUGAAUGACCCUAAUCCUGAUGACCCCUUAAUGGCCGACAUUGCUGAGGAAUUUAAAUACAAAAAGUCAGAAUUUUUGCUGAAAGCUGCAUCCUACACCAAGAAGCAUGCUUCAGGAAACUCCGCAACUGUGGUCAAUGUUCUCACUGUCCAGGACAACGGAGCUGAAACCACAGGAACGGGGACCCAGCUUGGCAAAAGACCCCUUGUCCACGAACAGCGCAAAUCAACUGGCAAAUGUCCAAGGAAUGAGAACACAAAUUCAUGAAUUAGAAAAGCAUUUACAUGGCCCUUCCUACGUGAUUUGAUUGAGGUUUUACAACUUGGAGAUUCGCAGGAGGGGUUGGCACUGACGAAAGCAGUGAUGAUAAUAAUGUUGCUGGCAGCUGACGGCCUGCUGGGAUGGAGUGAAAUAAUUUUGGUAGUGUUUUGGUAAAUGUGAUAUUAUAAAGUUCUGUAUUUGACCACAUAAGGUCAGUUUAGAUAUGUGUGUAUAUAUAUAUAUAUACAUACUCACAUGCAUACAUAUACACACACACACACAUAUAUGUAUAUAU